GCCGAGACCGCCACAUACCCGCUGGACAUGCUGAAAACGCGGCUGCAGCUUGCGGGGCAGCAGCAGCAGGUGGCGGGUGUGCGACCGGCGGGCCUGUACCACACCGCUGCCAGCGUGAUGCGCACCGAGGGCCUGCUGGGGCUGUAUGCCGGCUUGGCUCCGGCUGUGCUGAGGCAUGUCCCAUACACUGGCAUCAGAGUGAUUGCCUUUGAACAGUUGCGCGGCCUAGUCCAGCAGCGGCUGCUGCAGCCAGCCCCCGGCGCUCAAGCCAGCGCCAGGCUGCCGCUGCCUGCCAGCCUGGCAAUCGGACUGACUUCAGGCGGCAUGGCACAGCUGGUGGCAGUCCCCGCGGACUUAAUUAAAGUGCGCAUGCAAGCGGAUCGGAGGGUCAUCCUUUGUCGUGCUAAUUGCAGGUACCGUGGCGUUCUGCAUGCCUUCAGCACCAUUGUGCAGCAGCAGGGCAUGGUGGGGCUGUGGCGGGGCAGCCUGCCCGCGGUGCAGCGUGCGGCGCUGGUCAACCUUGGAGAGCUGGCAACCUACGACUCUGCAAAGCAGGCUGUGCUCCACAGUGGCGUGACGGGGGGCGACAAUGUUUGGGCUCAUGCGCUCAGCUCCGUGUGCAGCGGGUUCUGUGCCAGCGUGGUGAGCACCCCAGCAGACGUCGUGAAGAGUCGGUUGAUGGCUCAGGAUCACCAGCACCCCACCUACCGCGGCAUGCUGCACUGCUUCACUGCCACGCUGCGAACAGAGGGAUGGCGGGGCAUGUAUGCCGGCUUCCUGCCAACCUGGGCCAGGCUCGGGCCCUGGCAGCUGGUUUUCUGGACAAGUUACGAAGCGCUGCGCCGAGCCAGCGGCAUGGGGGGCUUC